CACACGAAUAUUCCACAGACAGACAAACAAAUAUUUUCAUAUCCCAGCCCAGAAAUACUUUUCCGAAGUUUUUCUUUUAGCGAAUACGCAAUUUCUGUAAAUUAUAUUUAUAAUUUGAAUUGGAUAAGAAACAGCGCAACUGUCUGUUUUAUUCUGUACCGGAAAUAGUGUUGAAUCUCCUUCGAGGCAGGGAAGCACUUGUAUAAAACUCGGCUGGACCCCGCUUCAGUGAUCUUUAUCAUCCUCAUCGAAUUGGGGAAGCAGCAUCGUAUUUUUUAAAAGACGCAAACAGCAGUGUACCUUUGGGGAAGCUGAGUCCCCAGGCAGCCACCAUGGGGGACGAGAGCGAGUGGAUGAAGCUCCCCAUUGACCAGAAAUGUGAACACAAGAUUUGGAAAGCCCGCCUGAAUGGUUAUGAAGAAGCACUGAAAUUGUUCCAGAAGAUAGAAGAUGAAAAGAGUGCAGAAUGGGGGAAGUACCUGGGACUGAUUAAGAAGUUUGUCACAGACUCGAAUGCAGUGGCUCAGCUCAAAGGUCUGGAGGCAGCCCUUGCCUUCAUUGAGAAUGCCCACUUUGCUGGAAAGACGACAGGUGAGGUAGUGUCUGGUGUGGUGACCAAAGUGUUCAACCAGCCAAAAGCACGGGCCAAAGAGCUGGGUAUGGACAUCUGUUUUAUGUACAUUGAGAUAGAGAAGGCUGAAGUGGUUCAGGACGAGCUGCUCAAAGGACUGGACAACAAGAACCCCAAGAUAGUGGUGGCGUGCAUCGAGACUUUAAGAAAGGCUCUCAGUGAAUUUGGGUCUAAAAUAGAAGCUAAGAAGUGGCAGGAACGAAAAGAGGCACUGGAGGCUGUCGAGGCUUUGACCAAGAACCCCAAACUAGAGAACGGAGACUAUGGAGACCUUGUCAGAGCCCUGAAGAAGGUCGUAGGGAAAGAUGCUAACGUGAUGCUGGUUUCCAUGGCAGCUAAAUGUCUGGCAGGAUUGGCUACUGGACUGAGGAAGAAAUUUGGAACAUAUGCAGGACAAGUGGUUCCAACCAUUCUAGAGAAGUUCAAGGAAAAAAAGCCACAGGUUGUCCAAUCCCUGCAGGAGGCAAUUGAUGCCAUCUUUCUCACUGUGAGUAAAUUCUUUACAUCUCAUUGA